AUGACACAUUCACAUCAUCGCUCUUCGCUUCCUCAUUUUGACCUUGCCAACCAUCCACCGGCAUCCACUAUUCAAAUGAUGACUCAGCUUUUGGAACGGAUUACAAAGACAAACGACAAACUGCAGGCCAGUAGCCACGAUAAGCGUUCAGCAUACACUUGUUUCCAUGCAAGAAGCAUACCGACCAUCUCCAUCCAUUCCUAUUUGAAUCGUAUCCUCAAAUAUUGCCCCUGCACAAACGAAUGCUUUCUCAGCUUGUUGGUGUACUUUGAUCGGAUGUCUCGUAAUGCGACUGGUCUACGUAUCGACUCUUUCAAUAUCCAUCGCUUGGUCAUUGCCGGUAUCAUGGUUGCCAGCAAAUUCUACAGUGACAUUUUCUUUACGAAUACAAGAUACGCAAAGGUCGGAGGUCUACCAGUAGCCGAGUUGAAUGCCUUGGAACUAGAAUUUCUCCACCUCAAUGACUUCAAUCUCAACGUGACGAUAGAAGAAUUACAACAAUACGGUGAUCAGUUGUUGAUGCAUUGGAUACGUGAAGAAGAACGAAAAAGGGACUUGCAGUGGCGAAGGAAGGAGGUUGAUCUCAUGAUGCGAUCGAGGAGCACCAGCAGUACAAGCAACAGUAGCUGUGAAGACGAUAUGGAUCGAUAUCACCACCACCAUCAUCAUCAUCGACAUCGUACUAGCAGCAGAGAACAUCAUCAUCACCAUAUGCAAGAACGACCUUUUACAACAACACCUCUUCAUCGCAAACAGACAACAUCGACAACGUCACCUUCAAAUACUACACAAAGACAUUCGUGGCACAUUGAUCAUCAUCCUCAUCAUCAUCGCUUACCCACUCCACCUUAUAUUAUCCAUCCGUAA